CAGUCCGGAAAUGAACGACACGCCUGGAAAAAGCGGGAAAAGUGGAAACCGACCCCCAGGACGCCGUAUUGCAUAACCACCUCGUAUGCUGGUCCACGACGGUUCUCCCAGCGUUCUUCCGGCAGGCGACGGCAAGUCAAAGGCCGUCCUACUUUCUCGUCCCGCCGUGUGUGGGUAAGGCAUCCAGGCGCCUAGAAAUACGGGCAAGGCCUUGCCCCUCGCUAGCGGUGUAAGAAAGGGAGAGAGAGAUAUUACUCUGUCGUUGUCCGGAUUUGGAGAGAGUGUGUGAGAGGGAGAUAAAGAGGCAACGAGUCGAAACGUGUUGCCGGGAAUUCGCGAGUUUUUCUUGGUUUCGGGAUCUUCUCUGUUACACGUCUUCCUUCUGUCAUUUGUUUCGGGGUUGUUUUUUUAUCUCAUACACCAAGGUUUUUUGUUCCCUGUCUUUUGUUUUUCCUUCCUUUCCUAGUUCCGAGUUGGUCUAGAGUCGUCGGUUUACGGUGUCGACGAUAGGAUCGGCGCGUGUAUAUCGUGGUUUGGUUUACGAGAGGUAAGGACGAGAAUAACUUUGGAAUUCGUCGGCUAGGUUUUACUUUGCGUUGUUCUCAUUGCACUCUGGUUACGACGAGCAAGGAAACGGGUUUUCUGGCUGAGAUGCAGUGCUUGUGCUUCAUUGGAUCGCUUCCGCGUUGAGUGUCUCGGUUUCGACUCUUGAUCUCCCGGUCAGAAGUUCGAUUUUUAUAGCGUUUUCGAAUUAAGGAGGAGGACAUCGGGAUUAAACUUGAUUUCUGGCUGGUGGUUUUCUGGUUCGCUGAGUGAGAUCCGGGCGGUCUGGGGGAUUAUCGCGUUCCCUUUGCAUGAUAGGGCGACCGAAAGUCAAGUUGCGAAAGUCGCAGGCUUGGGAUUUGGACGGCGAUGGAGCAGAAACGCAUUCUCAUGUCCGCUUUGGGCGUCGGAAUCGGAGUUGGUGUGGGUCUGGGUCUGGCGUCCGGACCGAAGGUAGGGAAGUGGACGUCGUCGUCCUCGGCCACCAACUCUGAGCGGAUUGAGCAGGAGUUGCAUCGGCAGAUUGUUGACGGGAAAGAAAGCAACGUCACGUUCGAUGAGUUCCCCUACUUUCUCAAUGAGCAGACCAGGGUAUUGUUGACAAGUGCCGCAUACGUUCAUCUAAAACAAGCUGAUUUUUCCAAACAUACCAGAAAUCUUUCUCCCGCAAGUCGGGCCAUUUUGCUGUCCGGCCCUGCCGAACUUUAUCAACAAAUGCUUGCGAAGGCUUUAGCUCAUUAUUUUGAGGCCAAGCUCUUGCUACUUGACGCAACUGACUUUUCACUUAAGCUGCAGAACAAAUAUGGCAACCGCAACGGUGGUAUUGGCAGUGACAGUAGCAGUGAUUCGUUGAAGCGGUCAAUCUCUGAGGUAACGUUGGGAAGAAUGUCAAGCUUCUUGAGUUCCUUUUCCCUCGUCCCACCACGUGAGGAGCUUAAAGGCACCUUACGGCGACAGAGUAGUGGGAUGGAUUUGCGGUCAAGAGGUUCUGAAGGCAUGCAAACUGGUGUAAAGCUUCGAAGAAAUGCCUCAGCUGCUGCAGAUAUCAGUAGCCUUGCAAGCCAGGGUACUCCAGUAAAUACAGUCCCUCUCAGGCGUGCUACCAGUUGGGCGUUUGAUGAGAAAGUUUUUGUUCAGUCCCUUUACAAGGUUUUAGUUACGGUUUCAAAAACAAGACCUAUUGUUCUUUACAUUAGAGAUAUUGAGAAUCUUCUGUUUAGGUCCCAGAGGGUCUAUUCCUUAUUCCAGAGAAUGUUGAAGAAGCUCUCAGGACCUGUUCUUAUUCUUGGCUCACGAACAUUGGAACCUGGUAAUGAUUAUGGAGAAGUGGAUGAGAAGUUAUCUCUGUUGUUUCCUUACAACAUUGAGAUUAAACCACCUGAAGAUGAGAACCAUUUAGUUAGCUGGAAGACACAAUUGGAAGAAGACAUGAGGAUGAUCCAGUUUCAAGAUAACAGGAAUCACAUUACAGAGGUUCUAGCUGCAAAUGAUCUUGAUUGUGACGAUCUCGCUUCUAUCUGCCUUGCAGACACAAUGAUUCUAAGCAAGUACAUAGAAGAAAUAGUAGUAUCUGCAGUUUCUUAUCAUCUAAUGAAUAACAAGGAUCCUGAAUACAAAAAUGGGAAGCUUGUUAUCUCAUCCAAAAGUUUGGCACAUGGACUGAGCAUUUUUCAAGAAAGCAAGCAUGGUGGCAGGGACACUCUGAAAUUGGAAGCAAAUACUGAUGCACCUAAGGCGAAUGCGGUGGAUGACCUAGGAGAUUGUGUGAAGCCUGAAACAAAAAGUGAAGCAUCGGCACCUGAGAACAAGAACGACAUAGAGAAGUCAGCUGCAGCUGCAAAGAAUGAUGGGGGCAAUUUAGCUGCUCCACCUAAGGAAGUUCCACCUGAUAAUGAGUUUGAGAAGCGCAUCAGACCAGAAGUUAUCCCUGCAAGUGAAAUUGGAGUGACAUUUGCAGAUAUAGGUGGCAUUGAAGAGAUAAAGGAGUCAAUUCAGGAGCUAGUCAUGCUUCCACUUCGAAGGCCAGAUCUUUUCAAAGGAGGGUUGUUAAAGCCUUGCAGGGGUAUAUUAUUGUUUGGACCACCUGGGACUGGAAAAACCAUGCUUGCCAAGGCAAUAGCAAAAGAAGCCGGAGCCAGCUUCAUCAACGUUUCAAUGUCCACUAUCACUUCAAAGUGGUUUGGUGAAGAUGAGAAAAAUGUCAGAGCUCUGUUUACUCUCGCUGCAAAGGUUUCGCCCACCAUUAUAUUUGUGGAUGAGGUUGACAGCAUGCUUGGGCAGAGGUCCAGGGUUGGUGAGCAUGAAGCCAUGCGCAAAAUCAAGAAUGAGUUCAUGACCCACUGGGAUGGACUUUUGUCAAAAUCAGGUGAACGGAUCCUUGUUCUUGCUGCAACCAACCGGCCUUUUGACCUCGAUGAGGCAAUCAUUCGACGUUUUGAACGCAGAAUUAUGGUGAGUUUACCAUCUGCAGAAAACAGGGAAAAGAUCCUGAGGACUCUUUUAUCCAAAGAGAAAGCAGAUGAACUUGACUUUACGGAGCUUGCUGGCAUGACCGAUGGAUACAGCGGCAGUGAUCUGAAGAAUUUAUGCACAACUGCGGCAUAUAGGCCUGUAAGGGAGUUAAUACAGCAGGAAAUAGAGAAGGAGCGAAAGAAAAAGGCAGAAGGAAUCAAGGCAGAGGAAGAAGCUGAUACAUGUGAAGAGAACAAGGAAGAACCAGCAACUCUCCGCCCAUUAACAAUGGAAGACAUGAGGCUUGCUAAAAAUCAGGUGGCAGCAAGCUUUGCAGCUGAGGGGUCUAUUAUGAAUGAUUUAAAGCAGUGGAAUGAUUUAUAUGGGGAGGGCGGUUCAAGGAAGAAACAGCAGCUAUCAUAUUUCCUGUAAUACGGAUGCAAAUUAAGUUGGCAUUUGCUUUGCUCUUGGGGAAACUGACCUCAAAAAGGUGCCUUAUGAAGAGAUGACUUUUCAAAAGAUGCCAAAAUCUACACAGGAUGUGCAAGUGUCUCUUUUGAGGAUUUGUUUUUAGUACCGAUUCCUCUUCUUAGAGUGUGAGAUAGAAGAAAAUCUCGAUAUCAGAUUUAUUUUCCUGCUUCAGGUUUUGCUUUUGUAUGUAUUAUGCAUAGGAUGGCGCUUCCUGCCUCUUGGGCCUUGGUUUAUGGAUGCUUGAGUAUUACCUAGUAACAAGAAUAUUCGAGCCACCACUAUCAUGUGACAUUUAACAAUGUUGUCACAGCUCCAUUUUGUUUACAUCAAUAACCAAGUGUCUAAUUUUUUGUU